CCUAUUGGGGGGUGGGGGGUUAUCCCCAUGCUCCUGGUCAGAGGGUGAAUUAUGUGCCAUAUCUGACCGACGAUAACUCUCCAUGAUAUUGAGCAGAGAGAGAGGUCCUUCAGUGCCCACAUGGUAAAGAUCCUUCAGCAAGAAGAUGCCACCUGGGCAGCAUCACUUCAGGUGGCCAAUGCUGGGAAGAGGCAGCAAGAACACACCAUGAAACAUUACUAACAGUGAGGAGGCAAAAAUGGAACCCAAAAAAACUUCAGUGGCCAAGGGAGGAGAAAAGAAGCCGGCCAGAAGAUUAACAAUUUUAAAACCAAAAGAGGCAAAAGCUGACAAACCAAAAGAGGCAAUAGCUGACAAACCAAAAAAGGCAAAAGCUGACAAACCACAAGAGGCAAAAGAAGACAAACCACAAGAGGCAAAAGAGGACAAACCAAAAGAGGCAAAAGACAACGAACCAAAAGACGCAACAGAUGCAACAGAUGCAAAAGCUGGCAAACCAAAAGAUGCAAUAGACAAAAAAUCAAAUUUUCAACAACAGAUCCAAAAGGUGAAAACAUUUAUAAAAAGCCCAUCGGGGUAUCGCGUGUGUGCCCUGAUUACCCUCAUGGUCUAUAUCAUCUCGUUUAUAUUCCUCAUUCUGGCCUACAUUGACUGGAAGCAAUCAGCCAGUUUACGUGGUUCAAUGCAGCAGAUUAGAAACUUCAUGAUCACAAAAGAUUCAUCCAACCAGUUUAAAGAUGAUCCUGUCAUAAUUUUUGAGGCGGAAAAGUCUGUGCAAGAACUGGCCACCUUAAGCACGAUGAUAAAUGAACUCAAUGAAGCAAUAGAGGAAAUCCGUGACCAAUUGAGCCAUGGCUGGGUUGCCAGUGUAGAUGCCAUCUAUUUAUUUGAUCCGUUAAUAGCAACCUGGUAUGAAGCAAGAACAUACUGUAAGAAGGAAAAUGCUGAACUGGCAUGGGUUGAAAGUGCAAAGGAUGAGAGGUUUAUUGAAGAGGAACUCAGGGGAAAAGACAAAUCUCACUGGCUUGGAGUCCAGAAUUCAGGCGCGGGCUACAGGUGGGAUGUCGGAAACAUUUCUGUGUCCCAAUACUAUUGGGCUCCAUAUCAACCGGCUGCAAGAACUAGUUCACGUGAAAGAGCAAUAUGUGUUACAGUGAGAGCCAAGUGCCAGACACACUUUCGGUGUUGGCAGACUUAUUAUUGUGAUACAUUAGCAAAAGUGUUGUGUAAAAGGAAGCCAAACCCAAAGUGGAUGACUUGACUGCGCACAUUAAGACAAACAGCCCCGUAUUCCAUGACUGUUGGAAAGAGAGAAGGAUACCACUUUAUUGGAUACAGAAGCCACAGCCAGUUCAUCAGAAUAUUAAACACAAACUUAAAAAAGCACAACCUCUCUGACGUCAUU